CCCGAGGGACACCCACUGCGGGGGCUGCGCUGCGACAGGGCCAGCACACGGCACACGAGCCCCCUGCACGGCCCCCGGACCUGCUUUGGACCCCCAGGACCACGAGCAGCGCCGGGGCCGGCCGUGAUGGCGGCUACAGCGUGGAAGCGGGUCCUGCCCUGCAGCCCUGAGGGGCGGCCUCUGUCCCGGAGUGGGGACAGUGACAGCAGCGGCAGUGGUGGCACUGCCACGUGGCCCUGCUGCCACCUAGCGACAGCCAGCCCGGCUCAGCGGGGAGGGGGUCAGCCCCACUGGAGCGUGGGGCAGCGAUUAGGGGAGCGUUUGUGGCUGCUCCUACUUUUCCAAAUGUUUUCCCGGGCAUCCUGCCCCCCCCACACCGUGCCGGGGGCAUGCACACGGCGCGGAACAGAUGUGCGAGGCCCACGCCAGCUGUGCACCAGUGUGGCAGAUGUGCAGGGCCCUGCACAGAUGUGCGGCGGCUGCCACGCGCAGCCUCCCGCGCUGCCCGGUGCGGACGGGCGGUGUGUGACGGGCACGCCUGCGGUGUCCGGCACACACGUGCAGUUCCGGGCGGGCUCGGGAGCAGCGCCCGGCAUCACGCACAGCUGCACGACCCGCACAGCUGCACACCCCGCACACCCCGCACAGGUGCCCACGCCCGCGCCACGCUCCGCACACGUGAGCGCGUACGCGCGUACACACCCGCCCGGGGGGGCGUGGCCAGCGCGCCUCUUUAUCAAUGAACGGCGCGGCCACGCCCCUCAGCGCCCACCAACCCCGCGCAGGCGCGCGCGGGGGAGGCGUGGCCAGCGGGGGGAGUGCCCAAUGGGAAGGCGUGGCCCCGCCGGCGCAAGCAGGGGGGCGUGGCCGGGGUGGGGCGUGGCCCCGCGGCCCCGCGCCGCCGGACUGGGCGCGAUGGGCCCGGGCUGGCGGGCGGCCUCGGCGGCGCUGGUGGGCGGCAGCGUGGCGAUCUUCGGGGCUCUGCGCCGCCUGGCCCUGGCCGUGCCGCAGCCCGCCGCCGUAAGGAGCCGUCCCGGCCGCGUCUGGCGCUGGAGGAAUCUCCUCGUGUCUUUCGCACACUCCGUGCUGGCGGGGCUAUGGGCCCUCUUCAGCCUCUGGCACGCUCCGGAGCUGCUCUCCGACAUCCAGGACGGCUACAGCGUCUCAGGGCACCUGCUGGUCUGCUUUUCCUCAGGCUACUUCAUCCACGACACCCUUGACAUCAUCUUCAACCAUCAGUCCCGCUCCUCUUGGGAGUACCUGGUGCACCAUGCCAUGGCCAUCUCUGCCUUUGUCUCACUCAUCAUCACAGGCCGCUUCCUGGUGGCAGCGGUGCUGCUGCUGCUGGUGGAGGUGAGCAACAUCUUCCUCACAGUGCGCAUGCUGCUGAAGAUGAGCAACGUGCCUUCCCCGGCGCUCUACGAGGCCAACAAAUACAUCAACCUGGUGAUGUACUUCGCCUUCCGCCUGGCGCCCCAGGCUUACCUCACCUGGUACUUCCUCCGCCACGUGGAGGUGCAGGGCCAGGGUGCCUUCCUCACUGCCAACCUCCUGCUGCUCGACGCCAUGAUCCUCAUGUACUUCUCCCGCCUCCUCCGCUCCGAUUUUUUCCCCUCCCUGCGCAAAGGCUCUGCGGGGAGAGAUGUAGAUGGUGAGAAGUUUCUGAUAGACUGAGACGUGCGCGCCGAGGGGGACCCGGCCUCCGGCUCCUGGAAGUUUUGGGCUCUCCAAAGCUGCUCUGAUGUGCCUUAGGGCUUUCUCCCUGGCCCCAGGCCCUGCCUUCACCCGCUCUGCUGCCUAAAAGCGCUUCCCUGCUGGACCAGCCCGACAGCUUCGCCGAGCUGCGGGGAUGCUGCUGAAGCCAGAGGCACGGCCGAUGGAGAAGCAGCCCAAGCCGGCUUCCCUGCAGGCAGCUGGAGGGCCAGGGGUGGCUGUGCCUUGCAGCUGAUGCCUGGAAGGGUUGUGAGGGAGGGGAGGAGUCCCUCCCGUGGUGAUGUCGGGUGUUCUGUGCAUUAAAAUCGGUCUAUUUACUGCUGCCGCA